UUUCGUCUAGAAUUAUUUUCGGUAUUAAAUGAGAUUGUGCUCCGCGCAUGCGCAUCAGUGUGCUUCCGCCCUGUAGAAUGACAGGCAUUGAUAUUUUAUAAGCGAUUAAAAAAUCGGGUCUAAUCGUAGAUUAGAAUUAGAAUUAUUCAAGCAAUAAACAUUUUUUGUGUUCAGCAAACGUUGUUUGCCACUCUGAUAAAGAUUUGGAGUUUUCCUUUACGCGUAAAGGGUUGUUAUUGACAAUUUAUUUUGUGUAGCGUACGUGGUACGCCGAUAUCAUUUUAAAUCGGUUCCAAAUAUUUGCGUACGUGGUACGCUGAUCAUGGCAGAAAAAGCAAUUGUUGAGGAAAUGAAUUUGGUUGAUAAUGAAAGUGGUAAGAAAAGAUCUAGCGCUAAAGGAAAAGCUCCAGCAGAAAAAACGAAGGAAAAGCGAGCGGUCGAACCCGUCGCGAAAACUAGUGACAAUUUUAAUGACACUGUCUUGGCGUUUAUUAAAAACGUCCAAGUUUCGAUGAAAAAACAAGAUGAAAAAUUGAAUAAACUCGUUGAUAGAAUGGAUGAUGUUGAUAGGGCCAUGAAUGAAGCCUAUCAGUAUGAAGACGAGUGUUAUGAUUCCUACUCCGGGGAGCCGGAGGAAUAUGAGGAUACAUGUGAUAAUCCGAGCAGUAAACGAAAGUUUGAUGACAAUAACAAUUCCAGGUUUGCUCAAAUGUCUAAAAAGUUUAAAACUCAAGAAAUUUGUGACUCUGCUGUAGAUGAGACUUUAGCUUGUAAUGUGAAUGAAUUUUUUAAAUCUGGUAUUGAUGAAGAAAGGUAUAAUGAUCUCAUCAAAGAUGACAACAAUGCAAGGCCGGAAAAUUGUGACUCACUAGUAACAGUGAAAACUAAUCAAAUGAUUUGGGAUAGUCUUUCGUCUGUUGCACGUACAAAUGACAGAAAGCUUCAAAAUAUUGAAACGUCGGUCGUUAAAGCAGCUACAUUGUUGAUAAAGUCUGUGAAUGAAAUGGCCAAUAAAGAGAAAGAAGAUGAAAAGUUUGGUUUUGAAAUUGAUAGAUGUAAUGAAGUGCUAGCGUUACUUGGACAUGCAAACAAACAAAUAAAUUUGGCGAGGCGUGACUUCCUUAAGCCGGAAAUUAAAGAUGAUUAUGUACAUCUUUGUAAUCACAGCAUGCCUUAUACAAAGGAAUUAUUUGGUGAUGACCUUUCGAAGACGGCCAAAGAAAUUGAAGAUAUUGCCAGAAUCAGCAAUAAGAUUAACAGGAACCGUUUUAGCAGAGGUUCUUAUACAUUUAGAGGUCAAUUCAGGUCAAGGAGUAGGUUCAGGAGAUAUCCUGCUAGAGGCAGGCCAUAUUCACAUUCGGGUGCAAGUUCUUCCACCUCACACAUGUAUAAUUCUGAUGCAAAAAACUACCAGAGACGAGGGGCAAGCAAGCCUCAACAGAAAUAUUAACUGAAUCGUUUAGUGAGCCGCUGCAUUCAAAAGAUAAUAAUCGACAAAGCAACAGGAAUAUUGAUAGCUCCACUUUGGCCUACUCAGCCAUGGUUUACGGCGUUAAUGAGAAUAUUAGUGGACAAGCCUGUACUUCUACCCCAUUUGG